GACGCGAUUCAAAUUUGAACGCGGUGAAUCUGCUCGCGCUUUCCCUCGGGCGGGAUAUUUUAUUAUUCUGCUUUUCAGCAGAUUCCCGACAGUGAUUAAUUAAAGGUGGUGUAUACCCAAAGGGAAAAAUGAUGUCGAGCCGAAGAAGUGAAGCCCUGGCUUCUUCCCUCGUAACGGGCAUCAAUCAUGCCAUGGCGAGGCUGGUGGACAUCUGGGACAGUAUCGGCAUCAUGGAGGAACAGAGGAUUGAACGGAUGCAGACAGUUAAGAAGCAUAUAGAGGACCUUUUGACGGAUAUGAUCACAGAAGAGGAGUCACUGAGACACCGCAUCAAAACCAGCAUCAUUACAACUCAGAAGCAAUUGGAGAAGCUGUGUCUCGAGUUGUCCAUGGAACCAUACAAAUUAGAGGAAGACCUGACGGUUCUACAGAUGGAAAAGAACCUGCGCUGUCGUCUGGACACUUUGCUGAAGGAAAAGAAUGAUCGUCUGAAGGAGCUGAGUGAUCUGAUGCAGCAGGAUGAGGAGCUGUGUGUGACGCUAUGUGCUACACCAUAUUACAUUCCCACUGGCAGUUUGCCCUCUCUCACACAGCUGCAGGAGCUCCGUGAGCACAUCAAGCAGCUCAGCGAGGAAAAAGAGAACAGGGUAAAGGUGUUCUCUGGGCUCCGUGAGAACAUCAGAAAUCUGAUGGAUGAGAUGGGCCAUGAGCCAGAAACCAGUCUGGAGCGAGAGUCUGUCUGUCCUGAUGCAGAUAUUUUCCUGCUCACACAUGAAAACAUCAAAGCUCUUAAGCUGUUGCUCAGUCAGCUGGACAUGAAAAAAGAGUCUAUGAUUUCAUCUCGGGACAAGCUGAAAGAUCGUGCCACCAGCCUGUGGAAUCGCCUGAGCUGUCCAGAUGAAGGGGCAGAGGAAUUCAAACGGGAGCCUCUGAACACUCUCUGUGAUGACAUCAGAAGGUGGCAGGGUGUGGUCGAUCGUCUUGAGCUACUCCAGAGGACUAAGUUGGAGGAGGUGAUAGAUAAAGUCCGACAAGAGCUAGUGGUCUUCUGGGACAAAUGCAUGUUUGGUCCAGAACAGCGAGAAGCUUUUAACAUCCACUUCUGUGAUGCUAAUUACACAGAGGAGCUACUCAGCCUGCAUGACUGCGAGCUGCUGAAGGUGAAGGAGUUUUACGAGAAGGCACGUCCUUUACUGGAAAACAUUGAGAAAUGGGAGAGGAACUGGGCUCUCUUCCAGGAUUUCGAGAGAAAGGCAGCAGAUCCGAAUCGCUUCUCCAACAGAGGAGGCGCUUUACUGAAGGAAAGCAAGGACCGAGCUAAAGUGCAGAAGCUGCUCCCUAAGCUAGAGGAAGAUCUGAAAUGCCGCGUGGAUACUUGGGAAAAAGAUCAAGGCUCCCCAUUCCUGAUGAGAGGAGAGAGGGUGAUGGAGUACAUUUCUAAACAGUGGGAAGAGCACCGUUCACAGAAAGACAAGGAAAAGAACGAUCGUAUAUCUAAGAAAGCUGACAGCACGCAGUUUAAAACCCCGAGUAAGAGACCUCAUGGAGCAGCCAACAGCACCGUGACGCCCAGCAAGAUCCGCAAGACUCCUAAUCAGCCAUCUCAGCGCUCCACCACAUUGAGCAGCACUUCCAGCAGUGUGUGCAGCACGUUUCUGUGUGUGCCCGGCAAGCCUCCACUCUCAGCCAAACAGAGGGUUAAAACCUUCGAGACUAGCUCAGCCACUCGGACACCACUUCAGGAAUUCAACAGUGAUAAUAAGCUCACCUCUAUCACCUACUCCGACUUUACCAAUGAGUUAUCGAGAAAGGCCGAUGCUGUUCUAAACUCCACUGUAAAAGAUGUGUUGUAAUUCACCUUCAAAAUGUCUUUCAUUUUAGGUCAAACUCUCAAGUGCAGCUAUUAUCUUUAAGACUUUAUUUCUCAAGGCAUUUCUUUUUCUUAGAUCUUUGUAUUUAAAUUUAAACCAUAUUUUAAAGUGCUUUCCCUUCAACAUUGUAAAGGAUUUCUUAUUUUCUAUCAACUUUCCAUACUCUUAUAGAGACAUGAUAUUUUUUAUUCAUUUUCCCUAUUUUACAUACUUUUAAGCUGAGCAACUUAAAAGUACACUUGUGUGUAGAUAUAGAUAAAUUACGUGUUUUUUUGUUUUUUAAACAGCCAAACAAAUCUGUACUUUUGUUUUUUUACUUAUCUGCUAAGUCUGUGAUAUGCAUUCCCAUUAACCUAAGGUGGGUGUACACUGCAAAAUUUUUAUUUUACAAAAAAGCACAGGACAUUAAUGCAAAAUAUUAGUUGAUCUUUAGAAAUGGAACUGCAGAAUGGACAAGUUUUUCUUAAUCUGCAUUAGCCAGCAGAACCAUACAACACAAAACUUGAAAUCUCAGGGCUGUGAUUGAAUCAUUGCCACUUAUCGCUUCCUCUAUAUUGUGUAAGGCAAAGAAGGAAGUGAGUUUAGGUUUUGGGUUUUUUUUCCUGUCUUGCUUUCUCCCCUUUUACAACCGCCUGAUUCCGCUUGAUACGCCAGUUUAUUUUUAAUAACAGCAGCUAUGACUGUAAUGCAGCUGUUUGUUAAUGCACUUAUUCACAGAGACUUCAUAUAAACAUGUUUAGUAAUCAUAAUGCACAUGUUUUUUUUUUUUAUCAGCAAAUGUUUAUGGAAGGUGUGGGUCUUUAACAGUGUCAAUUUUUUUGUCAAAUAUUUUAUGAUGCUUUAAGUCGUCUUUAUGCCAAACUGUUUUUUUAAAGACCUUUUUAAUGUAGGAUGCUCUGCCCUGUAUACGUCUGUUACCCUUUUCAUCACACUUGACUUAUUUUUUAUUAUUAUUAUAUUUUUGUGUGUGCUGAACUUUUUUUCCAGCUGUCCCAAUUAUUAAAUAGAAAGUAAAAGUAUGUUUUAAUAAUAAAGUAACUUUUGUGUAACUUUUGUGUAAAGAAAGUGUGCUGCAAUUGUCUUUUAAAUAAAUACAAUACUGAGUACAAGUAA